AUACAGUAUGCUGAUCAUGCGUGGGAGAUCGUACGACAAUUACGUAGUAAUUCCACAGCGACGGUAUUUUGUAUUCGAAUAACCUCAUUGUAUCCGCUUCUAUUUUGUUUAUGAUGUAUUUACGAUAGUUUGUUUACAAGCAAACAACAAUUUGACGAUCCACUGUUCUGUGAUAAAGAUAACGGCGACAUCUAUACGUAUAGUUUUGCUAUAAAUUGAAUUCAUUCAACCCGAUUGUAGUUGUAAAUCUGGAUUUCAUAUCACGGAUAAUCGGCGCAACGAAGGGUUAUGAACAUGGAGUCCUCAUGUUAUCAGCUCAUUAUUCUAAUCAGUCUGGUUUCCAUAGAAGCAGCAAGUAUUUCGCUCAAUCAAGACGGAGAUCAUGUUUGUGAAUCCACUGAGAGCUACUUAGGGUCCUACGCAGCCUCGUAUACAGUUCCCUAUGAACAAGUGUACUAUACCACCUGCACGGAUAUACGUAGCCUUUUUAAGUGCACAAGAAGAAGGCUGCUCUACCGUAAGGCAUAUCGGCAGGAGGUACGUACACUUUACAGAACUCGACGAGAAUGUUGCACAGGGUAUGCGCAAAGUGGAACAAACUGUAUUCCUUUGUGUUCCGAGAGUUGUCUUCAUGGUACAUGUGUGUCACCAGACACGUGUGCAUGCGUUUCAGGUUUCCGUGGACAACAAUGUGAGAGCCCUUGCAAGGAUGACCUCUGGGGUGUGGACUGUGCAAAUAAAUGCCAGUGUGCUAAUGGAGCUUCCUGUGACCCGAAGACCGGAGCAUGUCUCUGUACCCCUGGAUUUAAAGGUGAAUCUUGUAAUAAUACAUGUAGCAACGGUUAUUACGGACAAGAUUGCGCCCUCAGAUGUGAAUGUAAGAAUGACGCACUUUGUGACCCAAUCAGUGGGAUGUGUACCUGUAAACCUGGUUUCACUGGACCAUAUUGUGAAUCAACUUGUCCAGGUGGAACACAUGGCUUAAAUUGUGCUUUAGAAUGUAGCUGCCAUCAUGGAUCAUGCCAUCAUGAAACAGGGAAAUGCACAUGUGAUGCUGGAUGGAAGGGUGAAAUUUGCUCCAUACCUUGUAACCAAGGCACUUAUGGUAUCAAUUGCACUGAGAGUUGUAAGUGUGAAAAUGCAGCAUCCUGUGACGUAGCAACAGGAGCUUGUACGUGUCUUCCUGGUUACAUUGGCGAAAGGUGCAAGGAAAAGUGCAAGCCAGGGUUUUACGGUAUUGACUGUCAACAACCUUGUGGCUGCCAGAAUGGAGCAUCAUGCUCACAUACCAAUGGAGAAUGCGAGUGUUUACCUGGAUUUGCAGGUUUAAAGUGUGAACAGGAUGAAUGCAGUGCAUGGAAGUUUGGAGGGGACUGCACUCAGGAUUGUACAUGUAAUAAAGAACACUCAACACGAUGUCUGAGCCACACAGGAGAGUGCAUCUGUUCUCCGGGAUACCAGGGUAGUGUCUGUCGGUCACCAUGCCCCUUGGGUUUCUACGGUCUGGAGUGUAAGGAGCCCUGUGGGUGCAAACAUGGGGGAAAAUGCAACCAUAUUGAUGGAUCUUGCACCUGCACAGCAGGUUGGCAUGGUGACCAUUGUGAGUUACCCUGUUCCUCUGGCUCUUAUGGAAUGAAUUGUGACCUUGUGUGCAACUGUUUGAAUGAGGCUACAUGCAACAAUGUAGACGGCACCUGUGCAUGCGCACCAGGUUGGGAUGGAAUCAUUUGUGAAAAGCCUUGUCCAACUGGUUUUCAUGGCGAAGGCUGCAGUAUGGCAUGUGAUUGUGAUAAUGGGGCGCCAUGUGAUCCGGUGAAUGGGACGUGUAUUUGCCCUGUGGGAUUCACUGGUGAAAGAUGCCAGGAGCAGUGUCAGCCGACCCUGUUUGGGAUAGACUGUCAGAAUAAUUGCAGCUAUUGUGGGGAAAAUUCGUAUGGUUGUGAUAAUGUAAUUGGUCAGUGUAUCUGUCUCGCUGGUUACAGUGGUGUGAUAUGUAAUAGUACCUGUCCCCUUGGCUACUGGGGACCACAGUGUGAUCAGAUUUGUAAUUGUAAAAACAAAGGGUCAUGUAAUCAGUUUGAUGGUUCUUGUAUCUGUCCUCCAGGGUUUUCAGGCAAAUUUUGUGAAAAGUUGUGUGAUGAUGGAUUCUAUGGCUACCAGUGUGAUUAUGCUUGCCCUGAUUGCCCCACUGGAACCUGCCAUUCACAGAACGCAAGUUGUGUAUGCCCCACAGGGUUUACUGGCCCAAAAUGUUCUCAGACCUGUGAUAAUUACAUGUAUGGACAUGACUGUGAGAAUGUGUGCCAGUGUUUGCAUCGUGCUGACUGUAAUGCAGUGAAUGGCGAAUGUUUGUGUCAACCAGGUUUUCAGGGGCUUUACUGUGAAACAACAUGCAAUCCAGGUUUCUAUGGAUUUGAAUGUGCUAACGAAUGCAAAUGUCAAAAUUCAGUGACCUGUGACCCUUAUGAUGGAGAAUGUAUAUGUAAGCCAGGGUGGCAUGGUGCAUUUUGCUCUAUAGAAUGUCCUGAUGGAAUGUAUGGCGUAAACUGUACUGAGCAGUGUAAAUGUGAGAAUGGGGCAGUUUGCAACCCUACCACUGGAGAUUGUAUAUGUACACCAGGUUGGAAAGGACCAGUGUGUAGCAUACCAGCGUGUGGUUUUGGAUUUUAUGGACUAAACUGUAAAGAAAAAUGUGAAUGUGCAAAUGAUAAAUUCAUCUGUGACCCUAUUUAUGGUUGUGUCUGCCCUGAUACCCUAAAAGAAGAUUGUGUUCCAAAGAUCAAGGGAAAUGUGGAUACAUUGACAACUGAAAAAGAAGGAGGUUCAUCAUACAUCCUACCCCUUGUUAUCUCUUUCCUCAUCAUCAUCCUCCUUGUAGUAAUAAUCCUGUUUCUCAUACUGAGGCGUCGUAGAAGGGAGAAAAGUGCCAUUCCAGCUGUAUCGUAUUCAGCAUCAGCAAACAAUAGCGGACGCAUUUAUACGCGAAUACCUUGUGGUGAUGAUUACAGCUUCCAUGCAGAUAGAACCACAAACCAUUAUGACACCACCAUGGACUUCAACCCAUGUACUGUUCCCGUUGGAGGUGCCCCUAAGAGUUCAAUUCGCAUGCAGAACAAUGACCUCUUCGAUGAGCCCUUAAAGAAAGGAGUAGAAUCCAACAAUGUUGAUGUCAAUGGUGCUUGUGGUGGUAAAGAUAUCUCAAUAUAUGAAAAAAAUGCUGAUGCAGAUUACUAUAAUCCACGUAAACCGCCACCAAUUCCUGCUCAUGCUAAUAUCAAUUAUUUUGAUGGUGCAAGUGUUAGCAAAAUUCCACAUGAAAAAAAUAAUUUGUUUUCUGAGAAAUCUAAAGAGCAGCUAGUUAAUGGAGCUGCAGGAGGUGCUAGCCAAUCACAAGGCAGCCAAAAUUACUACGGCAACCCACCACAUCAUCCAUCUGAUGUUCAAGCCUAUGAUAUUCCAAGACCUCAGCAUGUUUACUCUGAAAUUCCUGAAAGCUAUGAGAAUGUGUCUGUUGGAGCUUAUGGCUACACAUCAAUUUGAUAACUGCUACCAAUAUUACCACCAAACCACUUAUUACAGAAUAAUCAGUUCUAUAUUUUAAUACAUUCUAGUGAAAGUCAUUAAGGUCAUUUUCUUGAUUAAUACUUAUGUCAGUAAAGCAAAAUAAAAUAAAAACAAAAUAAAGCACACAACUAGGUAUCUGGCAUAAAUUGAUCACAACAAAAGAAGAACGAAUGUACCUUAACCAGCAAUAUAUCCCAACUUGAAUCCAAGAAUUGCUUGUGGAGCGAGAAUGCCACCCUCAGUCGAGGAGAUAGGGCAGGAGACAAUCUACGUAUGGCUUAAAGGCAGGCCUGUUAUAAAGACUGGGAAUUAUUUGGCAUACCAACUGUCCCAUAGAUGCCAAGUUAGCGAGAGAAUAACAAAGUAUAGUAUAUUUUUUAUUAUUGACAAUAUUUGAUUUAUGCGUGAGAUUUUGUCCUCAAGCGUGAGAUAGACUGGAAGCGCGGGACCCUCACGCUGAAUGUGUCAGCCUUGACGUAUAUGCUGUCCAACUACUAAUUGUGUGCAACUUAUUAAAUAAAAACUCCACAAACCUACCUUCAAAACUAAAAUAGUUUAUGUAGUGUGCAUUCUUAAUAAAGUGUAAUAUUAAGCAGACCCCCAGAGGGUGGUAGGCAGGUUCUGACAUAAAUCACAUUUUUGGAGAGAAAAGGGGGCUUUGACACUGAAAGAUUAGUUGUUGGCGAUGGCAAGUCAAUUUUUGUGUGUAAUGAGUCCAAGCAUUAUGCAAUUUUUUUAAAAUUAUGUUUGUUGUGGCUUAAACCCAGUUUAGUAUAUAUACUCAGCUAUAUACUCAGAGAUAUAAUGUUAUAUAGGAUACAUGCUAAAUGUUAGACAGGCUUUCUGAGAUAUUUUCAACAAGAUACCGUCAUUUUUAAAUGAGCGAAUACAAACCUUUGCUAAAAGGUGGUACAAUUUAUACGCAAACAGUAAAACUCUCUUCGUACAAUGUUGUGUUGUAGAAGGGUCAAAGUUAGUGUCCUACACCAUGGGGUCUAGGACAAACCAAAUAACGAUGUCACUGGGUGAAUGUAAGCUGAGCCCACUGUAAUGCUGUGCAACAGCUACUUUGUAAAUAGUAAUUAUACUGUAUAUAUUCAUAACAUAUUGAAAAUCUGUCAUAACCUAUUUGUUGUAGGCUACAUUGUGCUUUCUUAAUGGUGUUAGUAAAGUUGAAGAAAAAUAUAGGUUGUGAGUGGUCUAUCUAGCAACAUAAUUUGUAAAUAAAUACAACAUUUGUAAUAAGAGGAACAUGAUUCUGGAUGAAAUUGUCAAUUGUGACAGUCAAAAACUAUUAAGGAGGAAAAAUUCCUAGUACCCUUGGACACGCACUGAAUGUGCUUGACCAUUUUGAGAAAGAGUUAACAGCUCAAUAUUUUACAUGCCAAAUUUAUUUAUGUAUUUUAUGUUUUGUUUGAUUAACAGACCUCUAAUUUUGGUGCAUUUUAUGUUCAUGUAUGUAAACAUUAUAGUGGUUUGAAAAAAUAUAUUGUUGAAUAUAUUUAUACUUGAGGGCAUUACCUUAUAUGUACGCACUGUAGUUUGGUAUGCUCUGUAGCAGAAAAGUCUAUGAUUAAUCUGUGCAAUGUGGAAAAUAAUCCUGCCAAAUUUUCAAAAUAUUAUGCCCUUUAGAAAUGUAUGUUUAAAAUGCUUUUGUUGAAUUAAUUUUUGAAGCAGUGGCACACACAUAUCCUUAGUAAUCCACAAAUUUAUAAAUGAUCAUAAAAUAGCUCUGUGGUUAAAUAGAUAUGAAUUAGAACCUCUCUGAAACGAUGUACAGUAAAUCAUCUUUUGAUGCCAGUGAAGAAAGUCAAUGUGGGGCUGGGGAUUAUAUCGCAUGAGAUUUUUCUCUGUUCCACCAGGCCUCAGGUUUCUACUGGUGGUGCUUUAAUGAACACACUCCCUGCCAACCUUGUCUGAUAUUUUAUGGUAAUAUAAGGGGAAAAAUGUGAGUGUGUAUGCAUGUUUAAUUUUGGUUUAUAAGACUUGUUUUUUGCAGAAAAGGGUAGAUUCCUAUUGUUCUUAAUUUAAUGUUAAGUGCAUCGAAGCUCCGGCAUUUUGCACUAUAGAAGUCUAACAUUAUAUUAUAAUAAUACUUAUAAUGUGGUUAUAAUUGUUUGCACUUUAAUACAGAAAUUUAUGAGCUUUAUAAUAAAAUCUGAACAUAAAUUUGCUCAUUCAGAAAAUGCUUUUAUUCAACUAUCCAGAUGAAGCUGUAGAUUGGGAGACAUAUUUGUUUGCUUGCAUUUCAAUACACACUAAAAACCUUAUAAUUUAGGCCAAAGAAAGUUUAUGUUACACAAGCUAGACUGACCCUAAACCUCAAGAGAUAUGAUGGAUGGCAAUGAACCAUAGGAUUAGUCAUAAGCCUAUGAUGAACCAUAGGAUUAGUCCUAAGUCUAUAGUCAAAACAUCCAGAUCGACCUUGAUUUUUCAAAUGUUACUUGCUUUAGGCAACACAAUAAUUUGUGUUUGGCCUUAGAUGAGACAUAUUAUAAUAUGUUUGUCAGAUUUAUAUAAGCAUGUAUUUAUAUGUAUAUAUUUAUUAGUUAUUAUAUAAGUAUAUUAUAAAAUUUAUAUAAGUGUAUAUUUAUAUAAGUAUA